UAAAUUUAUUUUAAUUGCGAAAUAAUGUUACUGGACGCUGGUCACCAGUUCCCUGGGCUGGGAGUUGGAACAUUUGCAAGGCAUCACACAGCAAGCGAUAUGCAGGAAAGAGACUUGAGUUUAGCGCAAAACAGCUUCGUAGAUACGGCGCACAUGGGCGCUUUUAAACUGAACCACGAUCUUUCUCCCGGACAGAGUUCUGCAUUCACUUCUCAAGCACCCGGUUAUCCCGCCGCGGCGUUGGGCGCGCACGCGGCUCAUGUCACGUCGUACGCGAGUUCGCCGUUUAACUCAACACGGGACUUUCUCUUUCGCAGCCGAGGUUUCGGAGAAUCGUCCCCGGCGAGCAGCCAGCAUGCCAUCUUCGGCCCCACUGCGGGGUCUCUUCAUCAUUCCCACGCAGACAGUCAAGGCCACAUUCUGUUCCCUGGGAUUCACGAUCAGCAUGGGUCCCACGGAUCUCCAAACGUACUCAACGGGCAGAUGCGACUUGGACUACCGGGUGAGGUUUUCGGGCGGUCAGAUCAGUACCACCAGGUCUCCAGCCCUAGGACCGACCCCUACUCAGCUGCCCAACUGCACAACCAGUACAGCUCUAUGAAUAUGAACAUGGGGAUGAACAUGGCAGCUCAUCACCACCACCCGGGUGCCUUCUUUCGUUACAUGAGGCAGCAGUGCAUCAAACAAGAACUCAUCUGUAAGUGGAUUGAUCCGGAGCAACUGAGCAACCCCAAGAAGAGUUGCAAUAAAACUUUUAGCACAAUGCACGAGUUGGUCACCCACGUCUCAGUCGAGCACGUCGGUGGACCAGAGCAGAGCAACCACGUCUGCUUUUGGGAAGACUGUCCCCGGGAAAGCAAACCAUUUAAAGCUAAAUACAAACUGGUCAAUCACAUCCGCGUGCACACGGGAGAGAAACCUUUCCCCUGCCCUUUCCCUGGCUGCGGGAAAGUCUUCGCACGCUCAGAGAAUUUGAAGAUUCACAAGAGAACACACACAGGGGAAAAACCAUUUCAGUGUGAAUUUGAAGGCUGCGACAGACGCUUUGCGAACAGCAGUGAUCGAAAGAAACACAUGCACGUUCACACUUCAGACAAACCGUAUCUUUGCAAAAUGUGUGACAAGUCAUACACCCACCCCAGCUCUCUUCGAAAGCACAUGAAGGUUCACGAAUCAUCACCGUCAGCGUCCGACUCGUCGCCGGCAGCCAGCUCCGGAUACGAGUCGUCUACGCCCCCCGGUCUGGUGUCCCCCUCCACUGAGACCCAAAGCAACAACAAUCUGUCGCCUUCGUCAGCGGUGCACAACUCCAACGGACACGGCACCCUGUCGUCCAAUUUCAGCGAGUGGUAUGUUUAGGACUGUGUCAGUCCAGAAACAAUAACUUCACACACAACUCCUAAAAAACGGAGUCCAAAUAAGACUUACACAACUGAAUCUAUACAAAACCGAACUACAAUAUUAUGCGCUAUCCCACCAGGAGUCAUCCACAUCAACCGAAGAAAUGUGCACAAGAUGCACUGCAUAUUUUGUAAAUAAUAUACGCCUCUUUCCCAAUGGUUGUAAUAGAUUUUGUCAGUUUUUGGUGUAUAGAUGUUGCUUCAAUGGUAGGUAUUUCUCUAACCGGACUUUUUAGUGCACAUAUUACGAUAAAAGUUGUAUUAUGGUAAUAAAUAUUGUGAUCCCAUUAAGGCAAAUUGAUUGUACGUAAACAUCUAUUAACUGGAAAGAGUGCCAAAGUCUACACUUUACGAAGACAGACACAAUAUUUGCUUGUGAAUGUACAUUUUAGUUUGCUGGGCUUAACUUGUGAUGUUUUGUGCUUUGCAAGUUUGAAUUGUGAAAUAUAUUUGGAAGAUUGUGAGGAAAAUAAACGUCGUGCCGUUAAAUUUUCUGUAACCACACCCUUCCUUUUGUAAAUAUCGAAUGCCAUAUUUAUCCAUUUGUAAUUAAAUUAUGGUAUUUACUUGCUACAGAUGAAACAAUAUUUAUAAAGAAUGUUUCUUUACUAUAAAUAUGUACAAUUAUGAGCUGAGGGCAGGUGUUUUGUUAUGUGUUUUUGUUGAAAGUUUAAGAGGUGUUUUCUCCAUUAUUGUGAUAAAAAAUUUUACUGCAUACAAAUAUAAUAAAAUGUGGUGCAAGUGUUAAACUGUU